AUGGCCAAGGAGGCAUCGUGGAAGCAGUUGCUGGAUUCAGUGGAAACCGAUCCAUGGGGAAGACCGUACAAGAUGGUUCUUAAAAAGCUUAGACCAUUGGCCCCCCCAAUCACCGAGAAUAUGGAUCGGGAAUUACUAAGCAAGGUCAUCGAUACGCUGUUUCCACGACAAGAAGAGGAAGCGGAAGAUGACCCCUUGUCGCACUGUGAGGAAGAGGACACGACCCUCCAGGAGGGGAGGGGAUGCCCUCAGAGCAGUGAAGCAUCGGUAGGGGAGCACGAGGCGGGGGAGGGAUACCCCAGUACCGGCGUAAGAGUGGGUGGUCAAGCGGGCCCCACUGCGUCGUUAGCUAGCGACCGUGGCCGUGUGGGGGUGGGCCACCGGGCCCCCAUACGCGUAAACGCGUCCGGUGAAGAAACAGAAGACGUCGCGAUGGAGGAGACCCGCGAGGGUGGGCCUCCAAUAAGGACGAAAACGAACAUCGAAGCAGCAAAAAACCGCGGAAGAAGCGGGGCGAGAAAAGCGGAGAGGACGGGACCCGAGGACAGGAAUAGAAGCAACAGCCGGGGAGGGAAGCCGACACCGACGUCGUCGCACGCCCCGCUCGCGGUCCCGUCAACCCCGCUUCCAACCGCAGCGGAGCACAGCGACGACGUGUUCCAAAUCUUCAAAAUCCCCAAGAAGGUGAGGGACAAAGAGACAGCGCAAGACGGGCACAGGUCCAUAGACAGCUCGAGAGAGUCGUCUUUGAUGAGACAGGAGUCGAUCUCGGAAGGCAGAUCGGAGGACGAGGAGUCAAUGGCCUCGGUCACCUCGAGGGGCAAAAAGAGGAAGAUAACAAAAGUGACUCCAGAGGUGUCGGACCGAUUGAGGAACGUCAUCCAAGAGUCCUCACCGAGAGACGUGGACGUCGAAGUACGGCGACAUCAGGCCGAGGUCCUGAGGGUGGCGGCGACGUCCUCCAACCUCAAGGGGACGUACGUCAAAACCCUCAAGGAGGCAGUCGAGUACACCGUCGCGGCAUGGUCCCAUCAAACAACCACCUCCCGGGUGCCAGACUUCCUGGAAGAAAGGAAGAAGAGGGAGGCAUUGGAAAGAGAGGUGGAAGGCCUAAAGAGGGGGAACGAGGAACUGGAAAGAAGAAUAAACAGGUUCCUGAAAGGAACGGCCGGGACAGCGGCGCCGUCCCCGACGGAGGCGCAGGCUCCCCGGAGCAGCGGGAGGGCCAAGGACGACGUCAGGUCGGAGAUAGAGACGCUGAAGAAGUCGAUAAGCAGCCUCGGCCCAUCCCUGUUGGGGACCCUGAGGGAAGAGCUCAGGGAAGCCCUCAGGGAAACGGGCCUGCCGAGACAAACGACAGGAGGGAGCAUCAGCGGCAACAAAGAUCGGACGACGAUGCAGCAGACGGCGUGCCCGAAGCCUCCCCAACAACCCCCGCAACCCUCCCAACCCUCUCAACGGCGAGCGGGACAGGGACAGGAGACGGACGGGGAAUGGAGGACCGUGGUCUCGCGGAAGGCGAGACAGAAGGUGAAAAGGAAGGCCAGGGAACAGAGGAGGAAAGAAGCGGGCUACGGUGCCCCCCUCCCCAUCGCGCCCCAAACAAACAGGGCGGGAUCGGUGGUGGGACCAGCCGGGCAACCGCCAAGGACGACCCCCGCCACAUUAGGUGGAGGGGAAAGGAGGAAACAAAGAAACGGAGAGAAGGCAGGAGCCCAACCGGCGAAGCGGACGUACGCGACGGUGGCGGGCAGGGCAGGAUCGGCGGUCGAGAUCCUGGCGGAGGCGAGACGGGACAAGACCCUCCAGAAGUGCGGACUGGAGUACGUCCAAACGAGAAAGGCGGCGACCGGGGCCAUGGUGAUCAAUAUCCUGGACGACGCCGGCAUGAGCAAGGCCACGCAGUUGGCGUCGCGAUUAGCGGGGGUAUUAGACCCCUCCACCGUCAGAGUAUCAGUCCCGGUACCGACGGCCGAGAUCAAACUGGUGGGGGUCGACAUAUCCCUGAACGAAGAGGAACUGCUGGAAGAGCUGUCCAGGGCGGCGGACUGCCAGCCCCGCGACGUCAAAGCGUGGAACGCGGGAACAUCCAGAAGCGGCAUGGGGAUAUUUUACGCCAAGUGUCCCGUGGCCGGAGCCCGUAAACUGGCUCAAGCGGGGAAGGUCACACUGGGGUGGACCAGGGCAAAGGUGAUCGCACUCCCCAGGAGACCGCUCCAGUGUUACCGAUGCUUGGAGGUGGGCCACAUGGCGGCGAUAUGCGUCUCUCCGGUGAGAAGAACCCACCUGUGCUUCCGGUGCGGAGAAGAGGGGCACAGGGCGAGGAAUUGCACGGCCGCAUCGCCGAGAUGCUCCAUCUGCGAGGCAAAAGGAGCCCCGUCCAAACACAGGAUGGGAAGCGCGGCGUGCAAACCACCGGAGGUAGGACCAUCGGGAAGGAGAAGGGCGCGGAGAUCGGCGAUGGCCAAGGCAGCAGAGGCCACGGCGACAACCACGAUCAAGGGCGUCACCGGAGCCGCGGAGCAGGCCAGCCUGUCGGGCAACCCACCAGUCGGAGGGAAGGAUAGCACCAUCGGAGUGAGUGGCCCGGGGGAGGCCAUGGAGGUGACCGAGUAA